AUGGCGUCCCCAGCGGUUAGGAAAGCUAUCUCGGAGGCAGCGCUGCAGUAUGCAAAGCCAGAGGGACGGAUCUUCCAAUAUGGCACCGCAGGCUUCCGUAUGAAGGCUGACCUUCUCAACACUGUCGUUUUCGCGGUCGGCUUGCUCGCAACCCUUCGGUCCAAGAAAUUGAGCGGACAAUGGAUUGGUGUUAUGGUUACUGCGAGCCACAACCCCGCGGAGGACAAUGGUGUCAAGCUGGUGGAUCCUAUGGCCGAAUGGGAGGCAUACGCUACCAGACUUGCCAACGCUCCGCUGGAGAGUAUCGGCGAUGUUUACGAUGAACUGAUUAAGGAGAUCGAUGUCAGCAUGGAGAAUCCCGCUCGUGUGGUUUUUGCCCGUGAUACUCGUGCAUCCGGCUCGAGACUUGUCAGCGUUCUCAACGCGGCUCUUACUGCCACCGAGGCCGAAUUCCUCGACAUGAAGUACAUGACUACCCCUCAGCUGCAUUACAUCGUCCGAUGCAAGAACACCCUUGGGACUCAGUACGAAUACGGAGAGCCCACCGAACAAGGAUACUACGAGAAGCUGGCUGAAGCUUUCAAGAGAGUCAUGAGAGGCGUCAAGGUCAAGGGCUCUCUAACUGUCGACUGUGCUAAUGGCGUUGGUGGGCCUAAACUGCGAGAACUUCUCAAAUACCUGCCAACGGAGCCUGGGCUCGAAAUCAAGAUUUCGAACGCCGACGUCAUCAACCCCGACAGCCUCAACUUCGAAUGCGGUGCCGAUUAUGUCAAAACCAAGCAGCGUGCCCCACCAUCAUCCAAGGCGUCUGUUCUCGAGCGGUGUGCUUCCCUGGAUGGUGACGCUGACCGCAUCGUUUAUUACUUCGUCGACGAGGGCAAUGUUUUCCGACUGUUAGAUGGUGACCGGAUUGCCACUCUUGCUGCUUCUUUCAUUGGUGACCUCGCCCGGAGUGCUGGCAUUGCCCAAAAGCUCAAGAUCGGUGUCGUUCAGACCGCUUAUGCCAACGGAUCCAGCACCGACUACAUCGAGAAGGUCCUUAAGCUUCCAUCUGUCUGCACAAACACCGGCGUCAAGCAUCUCCACCAUGCUGCCCUUCGAUUCGAUGUCGGCGUCUAUUUCGAAGCCAACGGUCAUGGCACUAUCACCUUCUCCGAGAACGCCUUGAAGACGAUCAAGAAUACAGAGCCCCAGUCUCCGGCCCAGCAGCGUUCGCUCGAGUGCCUGCAGGCUCUCACUGACCUGAUCAACCAGGCGGUUGGAGAUGCCAUCUCUGACAUGCUUUUGGUUGAAGCCAUUCUUGCUCACAAGGGCUGGACCCCCAAGGAAUGGCUUGCCACUUACACCGACCUCCCUUCCCGGCUUGUGCGCGUGGAAGUGGCUGACCGCUCAAUCUUCAAGGCCUAUGACGCUGAACGCAAACUCGAAUCACCCCCUGGACUACAGACAAAGAUCGAUUCCUUGCAGUCUCGCUACAACAAGGGAAGAAGCUUUGCCCGCGCCAGUGGCACAGAGGAUGCGGUACGUGUCUACGCGGAGGCCGCCAGCCGGUCCGAAGCUGACGAUCUCGCUACCCGUGUCGCCAAUGCUGUUCGUGAUGCCGGCACCGUCAAGGAGAUCCUGCAGGAUUCUUGA